CAACCAACCGUUACAGAAGCCACAGCCACGGCCAUGGCGAGAUCCUCCAGCAGCGACGGCAUCCUCCUCAGCGCGCCUCGAUCCAGGGCCGCCAAUGCCCCUCAGGCCCAGCCCGCGUUCCCUGCCGAGCCUCAUCCACGACUGGCCAUCAUGACGCCCAGCCGCCUCCUGCUCGGCUCCGUCGCCUCCAGCUUCGUCGGCUUCAGUCUCGGGGCCCUCCAGGGUGGGCAGAUGGCGCAGCUGCGGUUCCGGGCAGAGCACGCGCACAAGAUGCCCGACACGACGGCGGGCUGGUACCUGUACCACAAGUCGAAGAACUAUCACGCCAUGCAAGGCGGCAUCCGCGAGGGGUUCCGCAUGGGGCUCAAGACGGGCUUUUGGAGUCUGAUGGCCCUGUCGCUGGAGAGCACGGUGGACCGCUAUCGGGGCAGCAGCGACAUGUUUUCGACGGUCGUGGCGACGCUGACCGUGGCGGGGGCAUUUUCACUCUGGCAUCGAUUCUCGCUUUCCACCGCUGCGCGCACUGCAAAGUACGGGCUGGUCUUUGGCCUGGCGUACGGAGGGGUCCAGGAUCUCGUGGGCUUAGCCCGUGGCAGACCGAUUGGGUAUGUGGAGCUGAUCCGACGUCGCUUUGGCUCUGGGUCACGCGAAGGCAAAAGGAGCGACGACGAUGGCUAUGUCUAGAUCCAACCGCCAGCGCCGUAAGCAGCCGCCUUGGAGUUUCUGUUUAUCUUGUCUACGAAGGCAAGGUUUCAUGGGCAACGUUGUUAGCAAGAUGAAGCCAAGAGAAGAGGCCGAUGAGUGCGACGUCAUGUAUUCCGUGCAGACGAAUCAAGACAUGCCCGGCACGUCAAUUGUCUCGGACCAACGCCGCAGAUCGUGUGCUGCGAGUCG